GAGAGAGAGAGAGAGAGAGAGACAGAGAUGUAAGCAGCAACACACUCGUGAGAACGGGGAAACAGGCGCGCGGCCCGGGGACCCGCCGGAAGAAGCAGCAGCAGCAGCAGCAGCAGCUUCGGCGCGAGCUGGACGCAGACCGACAGAACAGCGGCAGCACGAGCGACACCGAGGCGGUCAGCGGGGCGAAGAGGAGGAGGAAGAGGAGGAGGAGGAGGCACAUGCGCCGCGACUCGUUCUCCCCCGCCGCCUCCGUCGUCGCUCCCUCUCACUCGUCGCUCUCCUCACCCCUCGUUCCUCCCGGACCGCCGUCGGUUCCUCGUUAAGAUGGCUGACCCCAGCAGCGACGGAGAGGUACCGGAGAGCGCGCGCGGCUUCGCCCGUCAGGGGGCCCUCCGCCAGAAGAACGUGCAUGAGGUGAAGAACCACAAGUUCAUCGCGCGCUUCUUCAAGCAGCCCACCUUCUGCAGCCACUGCACGGACUUCAUCUGGGGCUUUGGGAAACAGGGAUUCCAGUGCCAAGUGUGCUGUUUUGUGGUUCAUAAGCGCUGUCAUGAAUUUGUCACCUUUUCCUGUCCGGGGGCCGACAAGGGACCCGCCUCCGAUGUAAGUAGAGAAAAUGACCCUCGUAGUAAACACAAGUUUAAGGUCCACACUUACUCCAGCCCGACCUUCUGUGACCACUGUGGCUCCCUCCUCUACGGGCUGAUUCACCAGGGCAUGAAAUGUGACCACUGUAUGAUGAACAUCCACAAGCGGUGUGUCGCCAACGUGCCGAGUCUGUGUGGGACAGAUCACACCGAGAGGAGAGGACGCAUCCAGAUCUCUGCGCAGAUCACUGAGGACACGCUCACCGUCACCAUAAAAGAGGCCAAGAACCUGGUACCCAUGGACCCCAACGGCCUGUCAGACCCCUACGUCAAGCUCAAGCUGGUCCCAGAUCCCAAGAGUGAGAGCAAGCAGAAGACCAAGACCAUCAAAUGUUGCCUCAACCCCACCUGGAAUGAGAGCUUCACCUUCAGCCUAAAAGAAAGUGACAAGGACCGCCGUCUGUCAGUGGAGGUCUGGGACUGGGAUUUGACUAGCAGGAACGACUUCAUGGGAUCCCUGUCCUUUGGGAUCUCAGAGCUACAGAAACAAGGGGUGGAUGGAUGGUUUAAGCUGCUGUCCCAGGAGGAAGGAGAAUACUUUAAUGUUCCUGUCCAGCCGGAUGGAGAGGACGGUAACGAGGAGCUGCGACAAAAAUUUGAGAGGGCGAGGGUGGGUCCAGGUAAGCCCACAGACUCUUCUUCCUCCUCCACGGUGUGCAAGUAUGACAGCAACGGCAAUCAGGACCGGGUCAAGCUCUCGGACUUCAACUUCAUCAUGGUUUUGGGCAAGGGCAGCUUCGGCAAGGUGAUGCUGGCUGAGAGGAAGGGCACAGACGAGCUGUACGCCAUUAAAAUCCUGAAGAAGGACGUGGUGAUCCAGGACGAUGAUGUGGAGUGCACCAUGGUGGAGAAGAGAGUCCUCGCUCUGUCUGGGAAACCCCCUUUCCUCACUCAGCUGCACUCCUGUUUCCAAACCAUGGACCGCCUGUAUUUCGUCAUGGAGUACAUAAAUGGAGGAGACCUCAUGUACCAGAUCCAACAGGUCGGCAAGUUCAAGGAGCCUCACGCUGUGUUCUAUGCUGCAGAGAUUGCCAUUGGACUCUUCUUCCUUCACUCCAAAGGCAUCGUAUAUCGGGAUCUGAAACUGGACAACGUGAUGCUGGACUCUGAAGGCCACAUAAAGAUAGCCGACUUUGGCAUGUGCAAAGAAAAUAUGUUCGACGGAAUUACCACAAAGACUUUUUGUGGAACACCAGACUACAUCGCUCCAGAGAUCAUAGCCUAUCAGCCUUAUGGGAAGUCUGUAGACUGGUGGGCCUUUGGAGUGCUGCUCUAUGAAAUGCUUGCUGGACAGCCGCCUUUUGACGGGGAGGAUGAAGAUGAGCUGUUCCAGUCGAUCAUGGAGCAUCAUGUCUCGUACCCUAAAUCCAUGUCCAAAGAAGCUGUUGCUAUCUGCAAGGGGCUCAUGACCAAGCACCCAGGUAAGCGCCUGGGCUGUGGUCCAGAGGGGGAGAGAGACAUCAAGGAGCACGCCUUCUUCCGCUAUAUAGACUGGGAAAAACUGGAGAAUAAAGAGGUCCAGCCGCCUUUCAAACCUAAAGCUUGUGGGCGUGAUGCGGAGAACUUUGAUCGCUUUUUCACGCGCCACCCCCCAACGCUGACCCCCCCAGAUCAGGAGCUUAUAGCCAACCUGGACCAGGAAGAAUUCCAAGGCUUCUCAUUUGUUAACCCUGAGUACCCUCACACAAUUCACUGACCAUGCCACAUAUCACUGGGCUGCACUAGUAAUCCCCCACACCUCGUAAACAUGCAGUUAAAAAAAUAAAUAAAUAAAAAUGAAAAAUCAUGAUGUCAUAUCCAGGCUACAUUCGGCAGCAGGGUGAAAUAAAGGAAUAGUCCAAGAUUUUGGGAAAUACACUUAUUUUCUUUUUUUUAGCAUUAGAUGAGAAGAUUGCUAUCAAUCUCAUGUUUGUGCAUAAAGUGCAAAGCUGGAGCCUGAAGGCAAUUAGCCUAGCUUAGCUUACAGACUAGAAGCAAAGGGAAACUGCUAGCCUGGCUCUCUCCAUAAAAGAUACUCCUACUUGCAUGACUCAACACGUUGUAUGUAGUUUGUCUAAUCAGUACACAAGCAGGGACAUAAAAGAGUUAAACCAUAAAAACCUAAAAAAAACAUGAGAUUCUCUGGGAACCACAACAACCUGCAAGGCAAGACAGAGACAGUAUACUACUUAUUGCUAGCGUUGCUAGCUUGUCCUCUAGUAGCGUAAGAAGCUUAUCAACAGUGGCGCACAUAAAACAACUGCCCAUGAAAAGUAAAACUGUCCACAGCAAAGGGAAAAUUCUGUUAAGCUUGUUAAUCAACCUCUUUAUUUUUUCUGUUUCACAAAGCAGCAGCCUACCUUAUCACUGUGAUUUGAAUGUACUCAAGAAAAAAAGAAAAAUUCCCAUCAUCCUCAGCUGUAUUUUGGGCUGUUGUUAUUUAAAAAUGUUAGCACGCUAACAGGUUACACUAAGAUAGUGAACAUGGUCAACAUUAUACCUGCUAAGCAUUAGCAUGGCAACAUUGUCAUUUUCAGCAUGUUAGCAUGCUGACGUUAGCAUUUAGCUCAGAGCACCACUGUGCCUACGUACAGCCUCACAGAGCCACUAGUGUGUCUGUAGAUUCUUAGUCUUGUUGUCAGAUUUUUUGUCUUUUAAUGUGAGGGUCUCUUGCCCAGCAAAAUACUUUCACCACCUCAGAGCUCCCACAGCUAAAGUAGUCAGCCAAGAGUAAGCAUGCUAACAGAUUAGCUCACCAGCAGUAGUCUAGUUUGGCUACCCCAAUCGGUCACAUGACCCUCGCCUUGUAGGUUAUUGCGAUCGCUUGAAUCAUUUUUUUUACAUUUCUCUUUAUUAACCAAAUAUAAAAGAUAAAAUGUCUUAAUUGGUCAACUUAAAUUCUGCUGCAUUUUUUUGAAGAGAGCCAUGCUAGCCGUUUCCCCUGGCUUCCAGUCUUUAUGCUAAGCUAAGCUAAUCGCCUCCUGGCUCCAGCUCUGUAUCUAAUGUACAGACAUAAGAGUGUUAUCAAUCCUCUCAUCUAACUCUCAGAAAGAAAUCGAAUACGUGUGUUCUCUCAAAAUCACAAACUAUUUCUUUAAAUAACGUUCAGAUGGAAAUGCAGAAGUGUGCUCAAAUGCUAAUAAUCAGGAGAAAUAACCAGAUAUUCAUGUGUCAAGUUGCCAGUAGGAGACUAGUCUUGUUUCCAGCGGUGACGCUGUUUUCAGUUUACUUUGGUUUAGCAUGUCAUGUUACGCUGCUGCUCUCAUAUCAGCUCUACUGGCUGUAUUUCUAUCUUUAGUGCAGAAAUGUUGCUCCUGAAUGCUGCCCGGCUGCUCACACCAGUAGGUUCAUGUUGGUGUCCGACCUCAGGGCCGGCCUGAACCUACCCUGUCUCUGUGUCACCCUCCCUGUAAUUGCAUAUUGACUAUGACGACCUAUCAGUAAUAUUGAUAAGUGUACUAUGAUCACAUAUUGGUAAUCAUACGUUGUAAGUGAAAAAUUACCAAUUGCUUUGCUAUGAUUGUUUGAAUACUAAUCAGUUUCCUAAUGUUGACUUUACUUUUGUCUAUAGGACCAAAUACUUCUACACUUUCUGUUCAGUCAGUGUUGUGGUGAGCUUAUCUGAAAGUUUUCGCUGAUUUCAUUUUUAGCCAGUCAGAGGAUAGAAGUCUUUAUACGUACACGCAGAGUGUAAGUCUCCGUCAGCUUAGUGGUUUUUGACUGAGAUUCAUUACUGAAAACAUUCACCACAUUACACUGUGUUUUUAACCACAGAGGGCAUAUCUUCUUAGCUUGCAAACAACUAUUUUUGGAGGAUUUUACAUAGGACGGAGCCCCGUCGAGUCUCGUGAAGCUGGUAGUUUUGUUAGCUUAUAAAAACAGGAUGUCCAAAAGUGCCAAAAUAGAGUUCAGAAUCACGAGGAUGUGGAAAGAUAUUGUCCUCAAUAACUGUGAUGAAGGGCAGCCAUCUUGUGCCAUUUUGCAGUACCUGUAUAAUUAUUAGAAUAUGCAUUAUAGCUUAUCUGUUCUCCAACAAUACAAUACCCUUGGAAAGUCAUUUUCUUGUAUAAAAUGAAUUGUCUGAGAAGACGUGUGUUUCAUUGUAAGGCAGGUUGUAUUAUCCUUUUGUAACUGUGUAACGAUGCAGGUUAGUAACAAUGUGUCAAAUCUUGUUCUUUGAGCUAGUAUCAAAAAGGGAGGCGGCAGCAUGGUGACAUUGCAGAUGUGUUCCUGUUAUACAAAGAUGUUCGCUGGUAAAAACGCUGAUUCUGCCAGGGGUUACAAGGCGAGCACUUAUUGUGAGGAUGCAAUGGUGACAGAUCAACGGUGACAUAAUGAGAAAUAUGACAGAGAAAAAAACAUAUAUAUCGAGUUCUAUAUCAGAGAGAUAUUUGGAUAAAUUGUUCUGGAUGAGAGAGAUGCUUCUGUGGAUUGUGUAAUUGUCCUGUUUGACUGGAAACUGAUAAUAUACUCACUGGUGCCUACCAGA